CAGAUCUGAUUCGCUCCGGGUGAUCAGACUCCUAACAGACAUCAUCUAUCGCUCACGCGUCAUCGAUGCCAGGCUGCUCACUCGAGCCGUGACGUCAUCGAGCUAGUGAAGAUGGCGGAUCCGAAUGCAAAACAAAACGGACAGAAAAGUGUGAAGAUCGCGGCCGGAGCAGUCGUGUGUGUGGAGAGCGACAUCCGAGGAGACGUGACCAUCGGAGCUCGGACCGUGGUUCACCCGAAGGCUCGGAUCGUGGCGGAGGCUGGACCCAUCGUGAUCGGAGAAGGAAACCUGAUCGAGGAGCAGGCCCUGAUCACCAACAGUUUUCCUGAAAACAUCCUUCCGGACGCUGAAGACUUUGAGCCCAAGACCAUGAGCAUCGGCAUCAAUAACGUCUUUGAAGUCGGCUGUGUGUCUCAGGCCUUGAAAAUCGGUGACAACAACGUCAUAGAGUCUAAAGCGGAGGUGGGUCGGAGUGUGAUUCUCAGCAGCGGGUGUAUCGUGGGAGCGUGUUGUUCAGUGAACACCUGUGAAGUUAUUCCAGAAAACACAGUGAUCUACGGCUCUGAGUGUCUGAGACGUGUGCAGACUGAGAGACCGCAGCCUCAAACGCUGCAGCUCGACUUCCUGAUGAAGAUCCUGCCCAAUUAUCAUCAUCUGAAGAAGACGGUGAAAGGCAGCUCCACUCCGGCCAGAAGCUGAGGGUCUUUUCUUUGGUUGUUGUUUGUGUAUUAAGAGUGUUGUAAAUUAUUGAGGACACAUUAAAUGCUCCUUCAAGUGUCUGGA